CCUUUCGUUCCGUUGUGUACGCAAUCGUUGUAGUUUUGUACAAGGACUUGACGUCGAGUGCUAGUUUCUUGGCUUUCCUUCAUGUUCCUUGUAAUACGUUGGCAAAAUAUACCACUUUGAUUUAUUUUUAGACUCUACGUGGUCACGAAUAACUUUGUCUAUAUUGACGUCACAUGACACACGUCCUAACAGUAUACCAUAUUAAAUAUAACCGAGUUUACUGUACUUUGAUUUAUUUACGCAGACAAAAAAUGGACUCCGAAUAUGUCAAGACGCAUCUGGGCAAAUGUCUGGCCGAGGCCCUGGCUGAAGUGGUGGAGCAGCGUCCCAUUGAUCCCAUCCAGUUUUUAGCCCACUGGCUGUACAAAUACAACGCCAACGUCGAGUAUGAAGCAAAGAAACAGGCCCGGUUGGCGCUUGUGGAACAGGAGCGGGCCAAAGCUGCAGAGACGUCGGCGCCCCAGGAAGGGCCUGCUGCAAAACUCUCCGGAACGGGGCCCUCGGGACCAGGUGGUGCUGCAGUAGCCGCCGAGGAGCCUGUGAGGGAAACAGACGCACCCGAGCAGUCAGAAACCCAGCUGGGCACGGACCAACACCAAAGUGGAGCUCUGGGAGAUGAGCCUGAGGGGAAGACCACAGAUAACUUCACAACUCCAGAAUCCUCUGUGGAGACAGUUGUCUCUCCGCAACGGGACCCCGCCGAUGUGCCUGUAGUGGAGACCGAAGCGGGGAGACCCCAGCAGGGGACCAAGGGUGGCGUAGAAGAUGAGAAGGGGGACUUUGGCCCGGCUGAAACUGCUGAGCCGACCCACACCAAAGGCUCCGCCGUCAGCCAGGCUGAGCCUGAGCGGGUCCAUCGCCAGGAACGACCAGGCCAAACCAGUCCUGGUGACCCUGAAAGCCAAGAAACAGAGAAGGGCCAGCAGGACCAACACGUAACCCAGAUGGAACCCACGCAACCCGGGGCCUCCCAGAUGGAACCCACGCAACCCGGGGCCUCCCAGAUGGAACCCACGCAAACCGGGGCCUCCCAGAUGGAACCCACGCAAACCGGGGCCUCCCAGAUGGAACCCACGCAACCCGGGGCCUCCCAGAUGGAACCCACGCAAACCGGGGCCUCCCAGAUGGAACCCACGCAACCCGGGGCCUUCCAGAUUGAACCCACGCAAACCGGGGCCUCCCAGAUGGAACCCACGCAAACCGGGGCCUCCCAGAUGGAACCCACGCAACCCGGGGACUCCCAGAUGGAACCCAUGCAACCCGGGUCCUCCCAGAUGGAACCCACCCAACCCGGAGCCUCCCAGAUGGAACCCACGCAACCCGAGGUCUCCCAGAUGGAACCCACGCAACCCGGGGAUUCCCAGUUGGAACCCACGCAACCCGGGGAUUCCCAGUUGGAACCCACGCAACCCGGGGCCUCACAGAUGGAACCCACGCAACCCGGAGUCUCCCAGAUGGAACCCACGCAACCCGGAGUCUCCCAGAUGGAACCCACGCAACCGGGGGCCUCCCAGAUGGAAUCCCAGCAACCCGGGGCCUCCCAGAUGGAACCCACGCAUCACAGGGCCUCCCAGAUGGAACCCACGCAACACAGGGCCUCCCAGAUGGAACCCACGCAACCCGGGGUCUCCCAGAUGGAACCCACGCAACCCGGGGUCUCCCAGAUGGAACCCACGCAACCCGGGGCCUCCCAGAUGGAACCCAUGCAACCCGGGGCCCCCCAGAUGGAACCCACUCAACCUGGGGCCCCCCAGAUGGAACCCACACAGGCAGACUCUGUGCUGGCUGAGUCCACACAGGCUGAUACCUCAGCUGAGCUAGCCCAGGUUGAAUCCAUCCAGACCAAGACCGGCCAACCUGAGUCUGAGCAGGUGGAGUCCACGUACACAGAGUCCUCUCUAGGAGAACCGGUCCAGGUGGAAUCCACACAGAUGAAGACCACCCAACCUGUCCUUGAGCAGGUGGAGUCCAUGCCAGACGAGUCCAAGCCAGAUGAAUCUGCACAGGAAAAGUCCACACCAGAUGAUUCUGUGCCAUCUGAGUCCACACAGGACAAGGACUUCCUAGUUGAGCCGGCCCACGUGGAAUCCAUGCAGGUUGAGGCGCCCCAGCCCGAGUCUGCACAGGUAGAAUCUACACAAGCCGGGUCCAAUCCUGUUGAGUCCACACAGGCUGACUUAUCUCAAGCUGAAACCCCCCAGAUCCGACCCAGCCAGGUAGAGACCUCUCAGUCUGGGCGGACGGAGGCCACACCGGACGAAUACGCCUCUCAGCCGGAGUCUACCACAUUGGAGUCCACGCACGCCGAGUCUGCACCAAUGGAGUCCACACAGGAGUCCACGUUGGACAACGCCAUGCAAGCUCCUGUUGAGCAGGCCGAGUCUACGCAGAUGGAGUCUACACCGUCCCAGAACAUACAGGAUGGGUCUGUGGACUCGCAGGCCGAGUGUGCAGAAGUCCUGCCCGACGACAGUCUGGAGCCACAAAUAGCAAAAACUGAUGGGGAGACACCCAGUCCAAGUUCACCUCUGCAUCAAGACCAGGAAGAAGGUCUUGAGCUUGUCCAGGUUGGCCAUGUUUGUUACUAAGACCAUAUCAAAUGUAGAACGUCUUCACAGAAGAAGCUAUUGUAGCUGCAAAGGGGAGGGGGACAACCUUUCCAAUGUGAUGUCCUGCAUGUGUCAGGUACGUUUGAAGGUCGAUGUUGAGGUGUACAGGAGACAGUCGGGGACAGUGGCGGUUUGGAUCUUCUCAGCAGAUGAAUUUAGUGUUGAGGAAAAGGAAGACGCUCAAGCUCGUGGAGAAAAUGUCGAUGACCACCAUUUCUGUGUCUUUACAGGGAGAAGAUGGAAAAUGAUCACGGAGUUCGUGAAAGACUGAUCAGCUCUCCCAAGACUGUAAAUGUUUAUCUUUGCAGAUUUCCCGGUACUAAAUAAACUUUAAAUCCGUGUUAGAUUGUGAAGUUGUGAUCCACAAGACAAACUGUCUGUUGUCAUGACCUCAUCGUAGCAAUGAAUGCAUAUUAUCUCAAACAAAGCUAGCGAUUAAGCUAGCGGCUAAACUAGCGGCAAAGCUAGCGAUUAAGCUAGCGUCAAAGCUAGCGAUUAAGCUAGCGUCAAAGCUAGCGAUUAAGCUAGCGGCAAAGCUAGCGAUUAAGCUAGCGGCAAAACUAGCGAUUAAGCUAGCGGCAAAACUAGCGAUUAAGCUAGCGGCAAAGCUACCUCGUUGGGAGAGGGAGGCGCUGACUGAGAUCAAAUAUCAAAAUUACUGAAUUUUGAUGAAGCGAUGGCCAAUUUGAAAUUGACAAACCAAGUACAAAAGGUGUUUACUCACUUCACAUAAAGGAUAAACAGGAUCAGCCCCUCGUAGAUUUUCGUUGAUGUCGCAUUGAAAUUUACACGCAGAGAUUACUAUGUGUAUUUGUUUUUUAUCAUUUUGUUUUGUAGCUGUUCACCGAGGACUUAAAUAAAUAAAUUAAUUCAUGUCGUAAACAUUUGAUGUCAUGUAUUUUUUUACAUUCGUAAUUCUAUAGUCUACAUCUUUGUAUGUCUCGAAUCUAGAAUCUGAGGAAAAAAUCUGGGAAGCCACUCGGGA